AUGGAGGUCAAACGACUGGUGAUACUUGACCAUUACCCCCGGGAGUACCGAAGGGCUCUCAAAAAUACCCUCAGCCAGCGUCAACUCCACGAGUAUCUCACAGGUUCAAUGCCUCUAUUCUUCUUCGGACCUCUUAUGCUGCCAUCCUUUCUCAAAAGCAUGACGAACGCGGACAGCUGUAUGGACCAGGCCAUACACAUGACACAAGCGAGUCUCUUGUGCCAUAAGCUGUACCUGUUCCAGGGGGUCAACCUCCCACUAGUCAUGCCCUCUACUCAGACAGAGGACUACGUGGAUGGCAUGCUUGUGUUCAACCUCACACCGGAACGACGAGGUUGGAUACACGAGUUGGAGGCCUCGAACGAAAUAGAGCUGAGAAAUGUGCAUGUUGAAAUCAUCUUAGACGACGGUAACUUGUGCACUAUCGAUGCAGGAGCCUUCGUGUGGAACGGGACUACAGAUACCGGAAUAGUCCCGGCUCCAGCAACGCAGUGGAGGAUUGAUGAGUUCCUCUUGGGUCCCUGGUAUGAGAAAACCACAUCAGGAUACGACUCAUGCUAG